GCUCGCGCUCGCACUCGCGGUGUGACGCUCGAGCUGUCUGAAGGGUUUCAGUCUGUGCGCGUGUAGGUUACGGUCAGACAGACUACUAGAGGGAGCGUGAGAUACAGCAAUCCAGGAGCGAUCAUCCUGAGGCAACACAUCAAACCUAAUAAUUUUGCCACCAUCAUGCAUAUAGCUGGACUAAAAAGGAUUUGCAAACUUUAACAGUGAGGAAAGAAGGACCAACCUAAUAUACUGAAUAUUUUCCAUCCAAGAAAGACCAAUAAUCUGUGUUCAGACAUGGCCAGCCCUCAGACAAGUUUGAAAACCCCUUUCAAAGACCUGACAUCAUUCAAAGGCAACAUGAAGCGGCUGUACAGGGAGCGACUGGAGGAUGCACCUAUUAAAAAGCGGGUAAUGGCGGAGAUGCACCUGAAACGGCGCAGCCUGGAGAGCAUCCCCAAACCCCCUAAGGUUAAGAAGGAGCGUGAGGAACACGCCAGAUCAGAAAUGGACAUUGAGGGAAGAGAAUUUCACUUGGUCGGGGCUUCCAAGGCUUUAGAUCUCAGCGCCGGCCUCAAGCACACUCUGGCACAGUUCACACUGAGCAGCCAGAGCUCCCUGGGAGGUCCUGCUGCCUUCUCAGCAAAAUCUGUGCAGGAGUGCGCCUCUCCUGCUGGCAUGGCUCCCCUGCCGUCUCCCCCAGUCCUCGGAGGCGGCCCGCUCUUGGUUCCCUGCGACAGCUCCACAGAGCUCACCCAUUCUCUGCUCGAAGGAGAGUCCAUCUCCUGCUUUGUUGUAGGUGGCGAGAAGCGCCUUUGUCUGCCCCAGGUACUCAAUUCGGUUCUGCGAGAUUUCUCUCUUCAGCAGAUCAACGCUGUCUGUGACGAACUGUACGUUUACUGUUCCCGAUGCGAUGCUGAGCAGCUGCACAUCCUCAAGGUACUGGGCAUCCUGCCUUUCAACGCACCUUCCUGUGGCCUGAUCACACUAACUGAUGCCCAGCGCCUCUGCAAUGCCCUGCUCCGCCCAGGUGCCGCCCUCCCGGCCAACCCCAACAGCAAACUGCCAGGCCAAGGCCUGCUGAAGGAGAGCGAGGCUAAUUUCCAGGUUGAGCACCAGUGUCUUGGCAAGUGCCAAGGCCUGUUCGUGCCCCAAUUCUAUGUCCAACCAGACGCUCCUUGUAUUCAGUGCAUGGAAUGCCAGCUGCUGUUUUCCCCACAGAACUUUGUAAUGCACUCGCACAAGUCCCCCGACAAGAGGACCUGCCACUGGGGCUUCGAUUCAGCCAAGUGGCCCUGCUACUUACAGCUGGGCCGCAAGCACGAGGACACACCAGAGGAGCCGCAACUCAAACAGCUGCUGGACGAGAUGAAGGAGAAGUUUCACUAUCAGCUGAAGAGGCCUCUGGACGAAAAGGUGGUGGAUGACAACUGUCAAGGGAAGAAGUCCAGUCCUGCACCCUGCCCACCUAACAGCAAGCUGUCUGAUGGCAUCCUGGAGAAAAAGCUACCUUCUAAGGGCAACAUGCAGUCUUCGAUGACAUUCAGUAGACUGUUUCCCGACAUUAAAGAAGAACCGGAACACAGCCCUAUCGUCCACCCUAGUUACUACCUGUACACGUACGAUAAGAUGGUGGCUCCUAACGUAUCCCUGCGGAAGGAGGGGGAGGUGAGCCAUGAGGUUCUGGGGGCCCUGCUCAAACAGCACUACAGCAGAAGAACACUUGUCCACGACAACCAUCCCACCACAGAUCUUCCCGGAUCUCAUUCCUCCAUUGCAGAGGAGGCCAAAUCCCACCACGCAGGCGAAGCGAACGAGCGCCGCCGACCUUCUCCGUCAGUCGCCAUGGAGACUAGCCCGGGCGGCAAGCAGCACGCCCCCAUUCCCAUGGAGGGCAAAGACAGUGGAGCUGAGGAUGACAAGGACAGGAUCAUGCUAGAGAUUGUGCAGAUGUACCGGCGGCAGCAAGAAAAGCUGAAUUCCACGCUUCAGAAACAGCUGCAGCUGGAGAUGGAGCUGGAGGCUGUGCGCGGGGGCGAGGCAGCCAGGCUGAGGGAGUUGUCUGCGGAGCAGCUGGAGCUGCAGAACGAGCUGGAGGCGGUGCACACUGAGCAUGCUCAGAGACUGGGGGAGGUGCGGCAGGAGCAGAGACAGCUGGAACACCGACUGGAGCAGCUCAGACAGCAGAGCUGCGCCUGUCAACCCAAAGAGCAGGAGGCACAGUACAACGCACAGUUGUGUGAGCUUCGCUGCCGUUUGGAGCGUGCCGAGGUGGAGCGGCAGGAACUGCAGGAGGAGCUCUGCAGAGAGCGGGAGUCCAGAGAGAAGCUGGAGCUCAUGAUCUCGCAGCUUCAGCUGCAGACGGCCCAGUCUGGCACAAAGGGGAGCCGCAGUAGUAGCCCUGCCCAUCCCCCGACCCCCUCCGCAAGCCCCCAAUCCCAGCAUUCCCUCUCUUCACCGUGCCCUGAGGUAUCCUCCAGAUAAACUCCUCCUCGCACACUUCCAUGCCUGCAGCCCAGGAACACGCUCGCCCACUCCCUGCAGAGUCACAGGCAAACACUCUGCAGAAAAGAGACGCUCUCCCAUCCCCUUUUUUUCACACCACCACAAAAAAAACUGUAAGGUUUGUGUUUAAUGUAGAAAGACUUUUCGUGUCACCCUGCCCUCGACCAGUCGUUAAGCAUUUUUUUGGAUGUACAUGUUUAAUUUAUAGUCGUGCUGAGAGGCUGAUGGGACAGGAGAGUUAUUUCUUUGUAGGACGCUUGAAUCCUGUUGCAUUGGGAUAGUGCUCCAGUGCUUUUCCCGCUCCCAGCCCUUUGGUUACAGGAAACUGACACUCACUAAAAUACUACGGAGCCCCAGGAUGCCAAACAGCAAGACGCCAUUGCCCUGCGGCGGCAAGAAACCAUGUGGCUGUUUACUUUUUUAUUUUAAUUUUGUGUCGUUGUUUCCUACAGAAAAAAUGGGAGAAAGUUAUAAAAACAUUACACUUAAUACAAGAGAUUCAGAAACUUUCUGAGGCCCCCCUCGGAUCAUAAUCCUCUUCCUCCAUUUUCUUUCCCUGCCUGUCGUUUGUCUGUUCAGUCUGGUGCUGAUUAUAUGUUUCCUGUCUGCACUACUGAUCCUCUGCAGGCUGGUAUAUGACAAACAGCUUCGUUCAUUCCUGCAUGAUGCAGUAAGCAAAGACUCACAUUCGCCCCCUGCUGGAGAACACUAUGAAACUCGGCCCCUAUUUAACUACAGGGAAAGGUUCAUCUCACUCUUUAAUUUAUGUUCAGAGGGUUAUCUAAGCGGCGAAAGAGUACCAGUAGCACCAAUAAGACCUUAGUGGUUUCAGUUACUCAGAAAUUGCAAGAUCAACAUCCUAUUUUCAAACAAAGCACAUUGUAGACCUUACAUUUGUAAGUUUUGUAAGGAUCCAUUAGUAGUGAAAUUAAAGAUGUUAACUAAGUAUUGAAGUAUGUCACAGCCUUCUAUAAACCAGAGCUGAUUUUUUUUUUUAUCCAUUAGAAAACUGCUGAUAAAUUACCUAGAAUUUUUGGAUGUUUAGCUGAAAAUGUUUUCAUAUACCUCCUUGAUCAUUCCUCUGUGUCAUUAUUCUGGAUGACUGAACAAACAGGUCUGACCGAGAGAAGAACAGACAGGGGGCCAAGGGAGGGACUUAAAGGAAUUAAUGCUGCCGUGUUAGCUCCCAGUCACUGAGGGAUGAUGAGGCACGCUUUGUUUCCACAGAAUCUCUGAUGCCCUCUCAUACAUUAUUACACAACUGUUAGAUGAAUGAAGAAAGAUGGACACAGGAAGUGAAGCAUUCUUGCCACUAGAGCAGUUUUUCUUUCUUAUAGGAUGUAAAUCUAGGCUGCUUUCAUGAUGUACAUAUCUCAUAUAGAACAUUCCACUGUGCACAACUCAUCAGAUUCAAAGUCAGCCAAGUCACAGCAGUUUUCUAAACCUGAUAAAGUGUACAGUGCAAAACCUCUUAAUGCAAAAGAGGAAAAUGUAAAGAAACACCCUGACUUAUGUGAAUACAUCUAGCUAUUAAGAAUCAUAAAACAAAACAAUAUAUUGUUAAAGAGUGCUUUGCCAUUUUUUUUUUCUUGAAAUUAUUCAGAAAUUAAUGUAUAAACUAAUAAAGAUUUAUAUAUACUUUGUACAUAUGGUAGUCAUUAAUAUAUUAACUAAAUUCUUAUAAAUAAUCUUUCAAGGUUACUGAUCACAUUUAAAAAAGCUGGGCAUAGCCCAAGCUCUGUUUUUUUCUCUCUCUUUUUUUUUUCUUCUCUCUAAUUUAAAUUUGAAGAGUAGUUGUUAACAAAGUGUGUAAGGAUUUGUAGGGAUGCAUGAUGCUAGGACGAGAACGUGCCUCAGUGUUUCCCUUCAGUGGCUCAUCUCAUACAUUUCAUUGGAGCCCACUGAGAUUGACAACCUGUUGUUAUUUUGGUGGUGUUCACUGUUCAGAUUUUCCUCUGCCUCUCAGGAGGGAGUGAAAUAAUGCAUGUAUUGUUCGCUACUAUAUUGUAAUGCUAAAACACAGAUUCAUUAUUGCUAAAAUACAGAAGUGUUUUUUUUCUGUUCUCUCACAAACAUACAAGCUUUCCAACAAAUGUUCCUCCAUGUUGUCUGAGAAGAGUAGUCUUUAUGUAAAUGGGCACAAAAUGUGCUCAAGAGCCUAAUGUAGAUGCUAGAAACUUUUGAUAUGAGAGACUGUGUGUCAGUGACAAAUGAGACAUGCUUACUGAAAAGAGCUUCUUUGUUUUUGUUUUUUGUAAUACAAAUCUAAAUAUACAGCGCUGAUUUCAUGUGUAGUUCUUUUGAGAGAUUGUAGCAUUUGUUUUGGCACUGUAAUGCAUUAUUACAAUGUCGACUACAAUUUUCAAAUUUCAAUCAGUAUUAGGUUUUCACCACAGUACCUCUGUAGCAGCCGGUUUCAAUGCUGUUUUUGAUAGUUUUGGGUAUUAAAAUUGUAUUUCUGAAGCUUUCUAGAGUAUACCUUUUCAUUUGUAAUGAUUCUAUGAAACGUGUAAAUUGCAUUUUGUACACGGGGGGGCGCUGUGAAUCUUCUAUGUAGAAUGCCAUGUUAAAUUUGAAUUAUGAGGAUAGGAAUACUGUACUCUUUUAGACUCUUAAAAUCAACAAACCUAUUUUGGCUUUUGCAGGGUUAAGAAAAUGAAUACAGAUAACGUUGUACAUAUACGAGAGAUGUGAAAUAUAUUGAAUAUCUGAUAUGUAUAGACCUGGUAUAAUAGGAUGAGCAAAACUGUACCUUAAAGCAAUCUAAUGCUAAAGUUUUUCAGCAAAGCUACCAUGUAUUUUGCAUUAUAGGGGAAAUAUCCCAUUUUACAGGGGAUAGUGAAUACAGUGGCUCCCUUGAGCUGAUUAAUGGCAAAGGAAAAAAGAUAAUUACAAUUAUAUAAACAAUUUUUUUUUAUAAAGGUAAAAUUACACAUAGUAUACAAAUAACUACCUUCCAGCACAGCAUGUGUCCCUGUGAUCUUGAUCACACCUUUUCUAAUGUAUAACUGAGAAAUUACUUCUAAAAAAUUUAUAAGAAUUAAAAAAAUUAAUCAAAUAUGAUGCUUUUUUUUUGAGAACACACUUACCACUGUAAUAGAAACAUAAUUGACUUUCGUUAACAGCAAAGAUAUUUUAAGUUGCGAUUCUGAGAUAUGAAAUGCAGUGUUUGUGUGUAUCAUUGCAUAAUAUGUUGCCAAUCCUACAGUGUGAUGAGAGGUUUUUUGCUCUUGCAUGAAAAUGAGACUUUGCUCUCCUACCUCAUGUUGUGAUAAGAUGUUUUCUAAAGCAGAUGACAGAUCUCAAACGGUUUAUCACGAUUGAAAUUUACGAGUUAAAUACAUGUACAUGCUUUUAGCUAAUACCUCAGUUGUAUCUAGUGUUUUAUUGUUUAUUUCCCCUAUUUCAGACAUUGUAAAUAUAUCUUGUAUAGACAAUGAACUUGGAUUCAAUUCAAGUAAAGUUCUGUAGUGUCAA